CAAACGGCAAUAAAGUUAUGUGUUGGCCCUAAUACUUUUGACCUACUUAGCCAAUUGCGCCUGCUGUGCGUCCUAUCCUGCAAUUACUCGAAGUCUUGACAGGCAACGAAGCUUUGCAUCAGGUUAAAACUACUUCGUCACUUUACUGUAAUUAGCUUACAACCAUGGAUGAUUCGAUGCCAUUCCAGUCUGGAGGAAUCAAGGAGGUCGUAUAUGAGAAUACAUACAUUACAGACCCCGAGGGCUACGGCCCCAACACCAAGUUUGAGCGGCAUAAGGUUCAAGCAGUCCUAAAACAAGUACUCAAAGAACGCAUUGAGAAACAAAAGUACGACCCUGUAAAGGGCGCACAAAUCUCCAAGCAGCUGUCGGACGACUUGCGGGAAAAGGUCAAGGCCCUGGGCUACGAUCGGUACAAGCUGGUGAUCCAGGUCACUGUGGGGCAGAAGCAGGGCCAGGCCAUGCGCAUCAUCUCGCGCUGCCUGUGGGACACGCAGUCCGACAACUUCGCGUCGGAGUACUACGAGAACGAGAGCAUGUACUGCGUUUGCCAGGUGUACGGGUUAUACUACGAGUGAGGGCUGCCGUGGCGGCGGGUGUUGCGCUUGGGGCGGGCGUUUUGGGCUGGGAGGCAUGGGGUACGGUCACUGUGGGGCAGUAAUGCUGGUUGAGGCGUGGGACUAAAGGAGGAGGUGAAGGUUCUGGACACGGCGGCAACGAUGACAUUCUUGACAGUUGGUACGCGGAGGGGAUUACCUUCCCAGGGGAUUGCAGCCCUAUGUAAGCUGGCCAGGGGCGAGGUUGCCGUGGCUAUUAAGCUGGGAUUAGGACAACAGUACAUACUAGGACUCUUGACUUGGACUUGCUGCACGCCAUCACGUGUGGCGCGAUUGCGGCUAUCUGCAUUGGACUAGGUGUUUAGUGACGUGACGGUUUCCUGUAUUAUAGGCAAGAGCAUGUCAGCGGGUGUAUGCUGAAAGCGAGCUUUCACGCGAGGAGGCGUUCCUUGUAGCCGUACAUGGAUUGCCCGCAUAGGUUUUGUGAUGUCUGCAGGGAGGCCUGCAACCGCAUGGUGGUGUUUGCUUUUCGCUGGCUCGUGUUGGAUUCGUUAUGCGGGGCAUGUCAGACCCUGCUAGAACUUGUUCUGGGGCAUUCGUCUCCUUCGUCAAGCUUCCCUUGAGCCGUGCCUGGCGCUGUGAUGCAUGGCUGAUCCGUAGUGGUCAUGGCGCACAGGUUCCAGCCUAACCUCAAAGCUUCAUUACCACCAGCAGUCGGUGCCGGUGCCUCAUGUUGACGCGUAAACCUAAACCACACGCACCACAUGGUGAUGUCGCAUGGUAAUGUCGUAGCAGCACG